AUGAAACAUGCCAGAGCAUGUCUUGAGUGCCGCCAAGGGAAGAGAAAAUGUCAAGCCUCGAACGAGACUUCCUCUUGUCACCAAUGUCUUCAGAGGCACCUGCAAUGCUCAUGGCAGCGCAGGCAGUCCAAGAAGGCCAUAUCCAUUUUACUACCGUCGACGACGGUUGGCAAGACUAGCGAUGACCAAUUGACUACGGUUCCAUUGGAUGUAUGUCGCGAACUCCUGGAAUUGUAUUUUCGUUACAUUCACGACAAGCCUCAUUCGCUGUUUCAUGAAGCUUCCUUCAGAGCGCAAGUCGAGGACGGGGUGGCAUCAAAGCCGGUGAUGUUUGCAGUAUUUGGUUUGUCAGCAAGGUUUUCGGCUUCCGAAGAUAUACGAUGCCGUGGGAGGCAGUACACAGAUCUUGCCAAGACGCUUCUCAAAGCUGACAUGGAAACAAUCUCUCUGGAGAACAUUCAGGCUUGUAUUCUGGUUGGAAAUCUCUGCCUCGCCGAUUCGAAGCCGGAUGCAGAAUCUUUGUACUUUGGCAUGGCUAUACGGAUGGCGCAUAUUCUUCGGCUGAAUAUUGAGUCGGCGUCGGAUAGCACUAUUCAAAAGGAGGUCAAAAGACGAGUCUGGUGGAGUCUCUACAUGAUCGACCGGUGGUCCAGCGCAGGUCUGGGCCUUCCACGCCUCUUACACGAUCUAGACCCUCAACCGAGUCUCCCAAUGGAUGAAUAUACGUUCCAGCGGCUUCGAGUUACCGAUAACAAUUCUGAGCCACACGUUCAACAGCCGGGGUUAUGGACGUACAUGAUACUGUUGGCUCGCAUAUUUGGUGCCAUUCAGGACCUCAACUGGAGUUUGGCCCAAGGAGCGAUCCAGGACGAAAGACAUGUGGAAAAUCUUGCCUUCGAAUUGGCAGGUCAACUAAAUGAGUUUGAGCGAAACCUACCGCCUCAUGUUCGAUACUGCCGUGAAAAUCUGGUCGCUCAUGCAGAGAAAGGACUCGGAAGGACAUUUGUGGCCCUGCAUCUUGGCUAUCAUCACUACGCCACAUUGCUAUACUUCCACUAUCUCGAUGUUUCGAGACCGCAAAAUACAGCCGGAAUUGCCUACGCCGAACGAUGCCGAUACCAUGCCACAGCGUUUAGCGACCUACUCACAGCUUCAACUGAGAUGCCAAACUGCGAAGCGCUGUACAACAUUGUUGGCCAUAUGACCAUCGUUUCUUCGUCUGUUCAUGUUCACACUCUACUUUUUGGAGACGAGAAAGAGCUGGCAUCUGCAAAGAAGAGACUUGAGUCCAACUUCAAGGCCCUGAUCAAGCUAAAGUCGUACUGGAGCAGCGUCGAGUCAAUGAUCAAUCGUCUCAUGAUUUUUCAAAAUGCCUGCUUAAAGUCUGCCAGCAACAGUACACACAAGGUUGACAGAUGGAUGGUGAAAUAUCUCCUCCAACACGCCUUGGUCCUUGAUGAGAAAGACGCCUCUUCUGAGCUUCAAGGUUUUGCAGUAACCCCGGCAAACCUUCAGUCUGUUUCUCUUGAAGUUCGAUACCGUGGUGAAAUGACGCACAAUGCUUUCCUGGAGCUGAUUGGAUAA